ACGGGUUGGGGCCGGAAUCACGUUUGCAGAACAAAUUUCAAAGAUAAGAUAAAAAGGAUAUCAGAGGCUGUUAUCAAUUUUCUUAUUCUUCAAUUUAACACGAUUCGACUUGGAAAUGAACGGAAAAUUCAGGUUUGCGAUCGACAGGGGAGGCACCUUUACGGAUGUGUAUGCCCAGUGUCCGAACGGAGAUGUCAAGACUCUCAAGCUGCUCUCAGUCGACCCGGCCAACUAUGAGGAUGCACCUCGUGAAGGCAUCAGGCGCAUCAUUGAAGAGAUAACUGGGAAAAAUAUUUCAAAGAGUGAAAAAAUAAGCUGUGACAAUAUAGAAUGGAUACGAAUGGGCACAACGGUAGCUACCAACGCUCUGUUGGAAAGAAAAGGCGAAAAGAUGGCACUUGUUAUUACCAAAGGAUUUCGAGACUUGCUCUACAUUGGGAAUCAGGCACGACCUAAAAUAUUUGACUUGAAAAUCCUUAUGCCUGAAGUUUUAUAUGAAGAAGUGGUAGAGGUCAACUGUAGGAUUGUACCAGAAAUGAAGGAAAGAUGUUUGCUACCUGAUGCAAAAGCAUGGGACCUUGUAAAAAGUGUAUCAGGUGAAAGAUAUUUAAUUAAACAGCACCUCAAUGAGACAGAGGUGACAACGGAUUUAAAAAAGUUGCUUGACAAAGGGAUCAAAAGCAUCGCAGUUGUAUUAAUGCAUUCAUACAUGUGGCAUGAUCAUGAACUACAAAUUGGAAAAAUAGCAGAGAAUUUGGGCUUUACAAAUAUAUCAUUGUCGCAUCAAGUCAUGCCUAUGGUUAAAAUAGUUAACAGAGGUUAUACAGCUUGUGCUGAUGCUUAUUUGACACCUCAUAUUAAGAAAUAUGUAAAGAGUUUUGCUUCUGGCUUUAAAGAUGAUCUAAAAAAUGUAAAUGUACUUUUUAUGCAAAGUGAUGGUGGAUUAACACCGAUGACAUUGUUCAAUGGAUCUAGGGCAGUUUUGUCGGGUCCUGCCGGUGGCGUAGUUGGUUAUGCUCAAACCACACCGGGAUCAAAACCAAUAAUUGGUUUUGAUAUGGGCGGUACUUCGACUGAUGUGAGUCGUUUUGCAGGAGAAUACGAACACAUUUUUGAGUCUACUGUUGCUGGAGUUACACUUCAGGCCCCUCAGCUGGAUAUAAACACCGUGGCCGCUGGGGGUGGUUCUAGGCUUUUCUUUCGCUCUGGUCUUUUUGUAGUGGGUCCUGAAAGUGCUGGUGCUCACCCUGGGCCUGUCUGUUAUAGAAAAGGAGGAUAUCUGACAGUCACGGAUGCAAAUCUAGUUCUGGGGCGUUUGCUGCCGGAAUAUUUUCCAAAAAUAUUUGGACCUGAUGAAAAGGAACCAAUUGAUAAAGAAGCUGCCUUAGAACAAUUUGAACAAUUAAAAGAAGAGAUUAAUUCUUUCUUGUCUUCCGAAGGGGAAAAGAAUAAAUUAUCAGUUGAAGAAGUGGCUAUGGGAUUUAUUAAAGUUGCUAAUGAAAGCAUGUGUCGACCCAUAAGAGCUUUAACUCAGGUAGGAAAAGGCUUUGACACGAGAGAUCAUGUGUUGACUUGUUUCGGAGGCGCAGGAGGUCAACACGCGUGUGCAAUUGCAAGGGAUCUUGGGAUAACAGAAGUUUUUAUGCACAAGUAUGCCGGUAUACUUUCCGCUUAUGGUAUCGCAUACGCUGAUGUUGUUCAUGAAGAGCAAAAACCUUCGACGUACAUCUUAAAAAAAAAUAGCUAUCCAGCGAUUGUUGAACAACUUAAGAAACUGGAGAACCAGUGUGUUAAAGAGCUUAAAGUUCAGGGAUUUUUGCCUGAUAACAUUCAGUGCCAACAUUUUUUGAAUUUGCGUUACGAAGGUACUGACGGGAGUCUGAUGUGCUCAUCCAAAAACAAUAACUGGUCCGACAACAUGGAAAGUUUUGAAACUACAUUCUUAACAAGGUAUAAAGCAGAAUUUGGCUUCGUCAUCCCUGAUAGAAACAUUCUUGUUGAUGACAUACGAGUCAGAGGUGUGGGCUUAUCUAAGCCCAGAAAAGAAAGCGUUAUGAAACCUUCUAAAGGAAAAUGUAUCCCUGAAAAUGUUGUAAAGGUGUAUUUUGAAACGUUCGGUUAUUUGAACACAGAUGUAUUUACUUUACAAUUUCUAAUUUAUGGCCAUAAAAUUAAAGGGCCUGCGUUGAUUAUGGACGAGUUGAGCACCAUUUUGAUUGAACCGCAUUGUGAAGCUACAAUCACAGAGACGGGUGAUAUAAUCGUCAAAAUAGAAAAACUCGGAAAAAAAAAAGUAGGCCAAGAGCUCAAUGCAAUUCAGCUGAGCAUUUUUUCACAUAGAUUUAUGAGCAUUGCCGAACAGAUGGGAAGGGUUUUGCAGAGAACAGCAAUAUCUACUAACAUCAAAGAAAGACUGGACUUUUCCUGUGCUUUAUUUGGACCUGACGGUGGAUUGGUUUCCAAUGCUCCACACAUACCAGUUCAUUUGGGAUCAAUGCAAGACACUGUUCAAUUUCAGUUAAAACUACUCGGUAAUUCUUUAAAAGAGGGAGAUGUAAUUUUAUCAAACCACCCAAAGGCAGGAGGAUCUCACUUGCCUGAUCUUACAGUUAUAACACCUGUGUUUUACAAGAAUGUUAAAAGACCUGUUUUCUUUGUCGCCUGUCGAGGCCAUCAUGCCGAUAUUGGUGGUAUCACUCCUGGUUCGAUGCCACCUCACUCGAAACACAUUUUAGAAGAAGGCGCUUCUUUCAAGAGUUUUUUUCUUGUUCGUGAUGGCCACUUCCAUGUAAAAGAGCUCGAGGAAGAGCUUAUGAAGCCGGCCAAAAGGCCAGGCUCAUCAGGAACACGGAAUCUCCAUGAUAACAUUGCAGACCUCCAAGCGCAAAUUGCAGCUAAUCAGAAGGGAAUUAUUUUAGUCAAUGAAUUAAUCAAUGCUUAUGGGUUAGACGUUGUACUAUCUUAUAUGGAUUACAUACAACAAAACGCCGAAUUAGCAGUGCAAGACUUGUUAAAAACAGUUGGCAAAAGACAACUUGAACAACAUGGUACGACAAAACUAUUUUCAGAAGAUUUCCUCGAUGAUGGUUCGCGAAUUUGUUUAACCGUCAAUAUUGACAUUAAUAAAGGAACAGCUGUAUUUGACUUUACGGGCUCUGGUUAUGAAGUUUGGGGAAACUGUAAUGCACCAAAGGCAAUAUCUAGUUCAGCACUUAUCUAUUGCUUGCGUUCUAUGGUUGGACAUGAUGUACCUCUAAAUCAGGGUUGCUUAGCACCUAUAAAAUUGAUUUUACCAAAAGGUUCUAUUCUUGAUCCAUCAGACGAUGCAGCAGUCGUUGGAGGGAACGUUCAAACUUCGCAGAGAAUAGUUGAUGUCAUUUUGAACGCUUUUAAGGCUUGCGCUGCAUCCCAGGGUUGCAUGAAUAACGUGACUUUUGGACAGAAAUCUUGGGGCUAUUAUGAAACAAUAGCAGGCGGAGCAGGAGCUGGGCCUUCGUGGAACGGGCGGAGCGGUGUACACACUCACAUGACAAACACUCGAAUCACGGACCCUGAGAUUUUGGAAAACCGUUAUCCGAUUAUUUUGGAAGCGUUUAAUCUGAGAGAAAACUCUGGUGGCAAUGGAGCUUUCAGAGGCGGAGAUGGAGUCAAUAGAAUACUACUUUUUAGAAAUCAUAUUUCAUUAUCUAUACUUACAGAAAGGCGUGUUUUUCAUCCCUAUGGCUUGGAAGGUGGAUCUCCAGGAGCAAAAGGUGUUAAUCUCAUGCACAGACGAGAUGGAAGAAUUAUAUAUCUGCAGUCAAAAACUGCUAUAGAUGUCGAACCAGGGGACAGUUUCCAAAUUUUAACCCCUGGUGGUGGCGGCUGGGGGAAGCCAGGCAGUCGUGGAAGGGCCGGCGUUAGCUCCGAUGAGAAAAAUCCCUGCUACGCUGAAAAAGGGAGUGUUUUCGAAUACAAACAAGCUCAAAUUUCUGCGUAGAUUGACUCUGGGAUUAAACUGUUAAGUUUGUAAUUGAAAAACAUACAGAAAUAUUUUAUAUAACUGUUACUGUUGUAAUUAAUGUGGAUCAUUGUUAAUAAA